CAAGAUCUCGGGUAAACUGUUGAUCCGACAACCACGGCACUAGCUCCGUACUGUGUCAGACCAAGGUGAAGUUGUCCUUUGCCCUCGACUGUAUGGUGUUACAACCCAGAGCCAUGACAAUUGCUUCAAGACGGUAACGCCAGUCUUUUCAACAAACAAUUUCAAUCUGCCAGACAAUCGUUGUGUUUACACUCAUUCACAAUGGCAUCGACACAGAAUGGGAACAGACAAAUUGCUGUUCCUAUCACCAACCGAAACAUGUUGACAGACAACGCUCUGCAACCGUUCCGCGCGGACUCAUUCGACCCUGCUGACUACCUGAAUACUACGCUACCGCCUCUCAGAUUGCAGUCAGAUGAGCGUUCUACCACAGCAUUAUCCCUCGCCGAGCUGUUAUCUCACGCGCAAACCCUUCUCUCUCAGCUGAGCGCGCAGACGUCUCAGAUGUCGGACAACCUGACGCAGCUUACUGAUGAUAUUCUUCGGAGUGGAGGGCGACUCGCAUAUGAAGUCGAGGUUUUGCGCGGUGACUCUGCGACUCUUUCUGAAGAAGUUGCCGAGGGUCUGAAAACAGAGGUGGCGCAUUUUGUUCCGGGCGGUCUUCCCUCCUCAUCAAGGCGACCAAGCAAAAAUGAGCAGCCAGUUAAUGAAACCACGAAGGAUGGAGGCACGCAAGAGCAACCUUCGACGGGGGAGCCGGCUUACAUUGCGCACCUGCGGACCCUUUCCCUAGUUCGCAGCCGAAUGGACAAGGUUGUAAGGGUAUUCGGAGAAGCCAUGGACUGGACGCUUCCUCCAUCCGAGCUCUCAGUAGCGUCGUCUUUCAUCUCCGUUUCAGGCCCGGAUUCUUCGGCAGAAAGCCAGAGCCGUGAAGAAAAGGGUCAAGAGAAAUUGAAGAAGCUGAGAGACGAGAUUGCGGAUCUGUUACUUGGAAAUGGCGAUGGCAGAGAUGGGGUUGAAGCUGCACAAAAGCGUGUCGAAGAGCUGCGAGAACUGGCAAAGGUUUGGAAAGGAACUAUCGAGGAGAAGGCAAGGGUCAGAUUCAUUGAGGGCCUUUAUAAAAUAGUGGAAGAUCGACAAAAGUCACUUGGUCUGCUUCCCGACAAAGUCUCCACUGCUUCGCAAUCUGAGCUCAAAGUCCCAAAGAUGGACGAUGCUCGUCAGAUGCCGAGACAAUCUAGUGAAGGUGGAAGAGGGUUCAUUGAAAAUCUUCAAAGAAUACGGAACAACAUCUAUCUAGAAUAGAAGCGACGUAGGCAUUACUAUUUACAUAAUUUACGAUAAAUAAUUUCCGAUAUCGUUGUGGCUGAACCAUGGCUGAUAUUUCAAUGGCACGA